UUUAUUUUUGUCCCUGCAGGGUUAGCGGAAGAGUGGUGCUCGUACUGAGAAGAGGAGGAUGAGGACGAAGACGAAGACGAAGAUGGCGAUGAAGGCACCGUUACCAUCGAGAAGCAGUGAAUGAGAUAAAGGGUGAAGUGCUAUGGAAAUAGAAAAGUGAGGAGGAUGGAAAGAAGGAACUCAAAGAAAGAACAAAUAACAGCAGACCUCUCGACAUUUAUAGAAGAAAAGAGGAUAAAAGAGAUUGAGAAGGGAGGAAGUGCUCUGAAAAUAAAAUAGUGAGGAGGGAAAGGAUUGAACGAAGAGGAAGGAUCACAGAGGAGGACAAAAUAGCAGCAGGCCUGUUAACAUUUUAUGAAGCUGUUUGUGAUAAGCGAUACUGUCUAGGAUAAAUAACAAAAUAUUGAAGAUAGUAAAGGAGAGAGAGAGAGAGAGAGAGAGAGAGAGAGAGAGAGAGAGAGAGAGAGAGAGAGAGAGAGAGAGAGAGAGAGAGAGAGAGAGAGAGAGAGAGAGAGAGAGAGAGAGAGAGAGAGAGAGAGAGAGAAGUUUUAAGUCACUUCGUAAGGAAAACUUUUCGUGGUAUAAUUUGAGGAGAAAAGUAAGAGGAAAAAGUACUCUUCCCUUCCCUUUCUCUUCAAACUAAAACUUGAGUGAAAAUUUAAUUCCAUCUCCACGUUGUUUUUUUUUUCUUCGUCUCUCUGAGUUUUAAGCGAAAAGAGUGCUUAUGCCUUGUGUGUGUGUGUGUGUGUGUGUGUGUGUGUGUGUGUGUGUGUGUGUGUGUGUGUGUGUGUGUGUGUGUGUGUGUGUGUGUGUGUGUAUUUUAAUUCUUACUUCUUCCAAAUCUUCAUGCACGUCCUUUGAAAUAAAAAAAAAUAAAAAAAAUAUGUACACACAGAGAGAGGGAAAAGAAAAAGAAGAGAAGAGAAAAGGGGAAAGAAGAAGAAAAGAGAUAAAAUUUAGAAGCGACAGUCGUGUGAGCUCGACCUUUUUUGAAGAGUGAAAGUUGGAAAUAGAAAAGUAACAAAAGGAAAAAGAAAGUGGGGAAGCGAGAACAAGAGAGAGAGAGAAAAAAAAAAAAAAAACAAGAGAGGUGCGCGGGACAUGCGAGCCCAGGUACCAGUGACUAAAAGGACAUGAAGUAGAAUGCACAGGAGCAGCAACAGCAUGAAAGUCAAGGCCACUCCCGCUGUGUCAGCCGCGCCCCUCAUACGAGCUGCCGCCGCCCACCACUUCGUCACACACACCGCGGAUGGUACCUGAACGCUGAUUGGCUCCCGGGUCAGCCGAUAUGAUGCUGCCCACUAACGUUGUGUCAUUCGUCAAAAAGAUGGUGACGUCGGAGCAUGGAGGCGGAGGGGAGGCGGGGGCUCCAGGGGUAGGGGCCCGCACGGACGCCCCCGAGUCAGGGACAACGUUCUCCAAAAUCAGACACACACUUACCUCUGGCAUUCACGGCACAGUCACCAAAUUGUCGCCGACGAGAUCCCCAGCGCCCAACGCCCACCCCGACGGCUGCUCCCUCUCGUCCUCGUCCUCGUCCUCGUCGGCGGGUGUCGUCGGGGGCCAGCCAUCCUCUGUGUCUGUGGAGGAGAGGUCGCUGCUGCAGAAGGUGUGGGACAAGAAUGAGCGGUUUGACCCCUCCGACGGCAGGAUAUUCAAGCCCCCGCCCAUCACCACGCCCACAGCGCCCUCGGUCGGCGGUAUCGGGGGUGGGAGCGGCGGCGGGGGCGGGGGCCUCUCCCCUCUGACGUCUCCAGUGGGCGGAGGGAAGCAGGGUGAGGUGAGCGGCAGCAGCGGCCUGCCUUUCUCCACCAGAGCACAGAGGUCACCCGGGUCAUCCUGUAGGGUGUGCGUUAAGACUCUGAAGGAUGCCGAGUUUUUCAAGGUGUGCUCGGAAUGCGGGAACAAGGUGUGCGAGGACUGCGCCUCCUACUCCACCCAAUCCUCCGAGGGCGACCAGGAUACUUGGAACUGCAGCAUUUGUCGUCGCCGUCUCUCCUCCCGCGCCAAGAGUGAGCAGCCGGCGUCGAGUGAAGGCCCAACGCUCACCACUAAGGUACCUCCAAUUAUGUCCGCUCCCAUGCCCCCACCCACCCCUGGCGCCCCCACCGCCCUCACCCUCUUCAGUGGCCUGGCUAAGAUGGCGUCCAAUAUGGCCACAACCACUCAAGCACAGCAGACUACAAGCACGGCGACGAGCACCCUGUCCACCACUCUUUCAAGCACCCUUGCGGCCACCACACACGUCUGCACCGUGGCCGCCGCCACCACACAGCCCAGCACCACCCAGACCACUACCACCACCCUGGCACCCAGCACCCAGCCUACCAGCAUCCAGCAGACGCCCAGCCUAACUAACGCCCCCUCCACGCCCACGAAGGAGGAAGUGCCGCUCCCCACCACCAACGGUUACGCCCCACGUAAAGUGUCCCGCAGCGCCAUCAAACAAUCUUCACUGGACCGCACCAGGUCGAUUGAACGGUCCAGGCCCCGGGACGACUCUCGGGACAGACGGCCGUCAUGUGUGGCGGCGCCGCUCGACUCCCGAAGACCGCGCGACAGGUCACGGGAAAGGGUUGUCGUGCCGCGACGUCGCUCCGACAACGACGACGAAAACUUGCCUACGCCGGGCCGAUCAACCUCGGUGCGCCGCGGACGGAUGAGCGACUAUAUGUUGCGUGAUGCUUCCGACGACUACCUCGGCUUCGGCGGCGGGAUCAGCGCGGCGCACAGCGAGACGGACGUGUCACGCUCCAGGAAAGCCAGCCAUGCUGGCCUUCAUAUAACGCGGCCUUUGGACACUGGUGUGGCGAGGACAGCGGCAGAGGACGCCUCGCUGCAUCGGGAAUCUGAAUCUUCAGGCGACGAGGUGGCUGGGAGCGGUUGGCAGGCGCGAGGCCGACGGCGCUCCAUCAUUCGCCAGCAGUCCUACGACGAAGAGGACGGUGAUGGGGAGACGUUCGCCAACAACGCGGCCAACUCCCUCUCGCUUUGGGGCGGCGGCGAGCCUCCCGUGCGCCGCCACUCCACCCAGGAUCCCUCACGGCGGGACGACUCGCUGGAGGGACGCCGCACGCGGGACUCCUUGGACGUGCCAUCACACGGCCGCGUGCACCGCCACCACUCCUGGGAUUACGACGUGACUCGCGACACUCUGCCCAUCACGGGAAUCAUGACCUCAGGCACGGGAUCACGCCACAGCAGCGAGAGUGACCUUAGCAGCGAGGCGCCCAGUGAGAGGGGAUCCACCACGGCGUUGGCGGAGGAGCAGCAGAGGAGGUUUUCCCGCCUGUCCAUCAAGAGGCGCUCCUCCUACAAGACCUCGAGGGGCGGCGUGAAGAAUGAAGUCAGCGAUCCCUACGACGCUGAUGACCAAGGUGUUAUUGACUCGUCGCCAUCCCCGCUGUCACCUGAUGUGGCCAUUCCCGGCAGCGGGCCGCAGGGCUCCCCGCGGCGCGCUGGCACGUCCAGCCUGGAGGAGGAGCAAUGGCUGCAUCCCGCCGAGGAGGAGUAUCGCUCCUCCCGCCGCCGCUCCUCUGCAGUGUCUGAGAGUGGGCGGGUGCUGCCCACGCCUCCUGCCUCUCCACGUGGCACCGUGUACCCCUCCACGGCUCCGACGCCUCCCGGCGGAGGCUCUCGCAUCACGCAGUCGUUAGAAGUGAACCCAGGGCGUGACGAGGAAGACCGUUUGAGACGGCAAAGUUCUGUGACGGAAGGCGAGACCAUCCGCAUCGUGAUUCACGACGUAGACAUCGACCACCGCAAAGAUGGAGCUCAGGAGACGGGGCGGAGGAGAGUCAAGAUUAUGAGGGACAUGUCGGACGCCGCGCAUAGAACGCGCGGUCUGGGCAUGCGAGUGGUGGGCGGCAAGGUGGGUCCCGAUGGUCAUCUUUUUGCCUACGUAGUGUGGACGGUACCCGGAGGCCCAGCGGAGGCGGCGGGGGUCGUGCAAGGGGACAAGGUGCUCGAGUGGAACGGCGUGGGACUGACUGACCGCAGCUUUGAGGAGGUUUGCAGCAUCAUGGAGGAGGAGGUGCACCCGCAGGACGAGGCUGUUCAUCUUCUUAUUGAACACUCCAAUGACCUACGCUCCCUUGAUUACGGCGAUGAGCACAGUGCCUUAGUUCAACAGAAGAAGGGAUCUCUAGAGGGCAGGACCCCCUCAGAGGGAGAAAACGACUUGGCUCAAUCCUUAACUUCUCGACGCAAAUUGCCCCGAAUACCUGGUGACCUGAUGCGAGACCCAGUGAGUGGCAAGCUUCAGGUGCAGCUGUGGUACGACCAGGAUAAGUCGCACCUGAUCGUGACGGUGGUGUCUGCCCACGACCUCCGCUUCAGGGACACAUCCACCUACGGUCCUCCCGAGGCCUUCGUCUGCCUGCGUCUGUAUCCCUUCAGUGAUAGCAAGAUGUACAGCACGGGCGUGGCGGAACCUUCUUGCAAGCCCCUGUGGAAUUCCUCCUUCAUCUGGGAGAACCUGGCGGGGGACUCUCUGCUUGGCCUCACGCUGGAGCUCUCCGUGUGGGACUACAUCUCGCACACAGAAAACGGAUUCCACGGUGAAACCCUAAUUGACCUGCGGCACGCUUACCUGGACGAGCGGCCCACCUGGUACCGCCUCCAGGAGCGCAGGUCCCGCAGCGCCAACGCCACGCCGAGGGGAUCCAUCGUGUCCUAUGACUUCUCUGUGCCGUCUGUGAGAAGGCCGUCUGUGCGCUCUGGCUCCGGUACGUGGAAUGACGGUGAGGACAGCAGGAACUCUUCACUGGACUCCGGACUCUUACACCCAGACUUAGCGUGGAGAGACUCAAGGUCGCCCUCCAGACGUGGAUCAUCCUUGAGCGAGCAAGCGGAGAACGAAGUGUACCAGCUGUCCCGAUCCUACCCCCACUCACUGCCCCAGUCAAGACGUUCCUCCGUAGCGUACCAAACCUCUAGUCCGGAGUUCAAAGCUGAGGACCUGGAGGCGAGGCUGUCCGUGUCCAUGAGUCCUCUCGAGCGGCGCCGCAGCCACAGUUUUAGGUCCUCGACGCGGCACGAGUUCCUGACAAGCGGCGAGGAGUCCUACCCGAGGCAGCGACGGGCGUCCCAUAGCGCCAUCAUGAGCAGGUCCCAUUCCGUCAAGAACACCAACGAUCAUUGGCACAAGAAAGGAGCCCCCAGCAACGGCCGGCCUGAGGAGGAAGGAAGACCGUGGAGAUGACUUCACGCUAGGGGAGAUCUAUCUGUCGCUCACGCUGACCAAGGGCCAACUGGAGGUCGAGGUCAGCCACGCGCGGGGACUCCCCUCAGCCGCGUCGGGGCAGGAACCAGACACCUACGUGAAGACCUAUCUGAAGGACGGUGAUCGCCGCAUACAGAAGCGCAAGACCCGGGUGACGCGCCAUUCCCAGGAGCCCCAAUACAACCAGACGCUCCGCUACGCCGCCAGUGAUGCCCUCGGUCGGUCCCUGCUGGUGAUGGUGUGGGAGCGGCAGCGGGGCUUCGAGCACAACAUCGGCAUGGGUGUGGCGGAGAUCAACCUGUCUAAGCUGGAGCGGGGCCACAAGACGCAGCACGGGUGGUACCGCCUCCUGCCAGUCAGCAGCGUAGUGCGGGUCGACUCGGAUUCCGGAGACAGCGUGCGCUAGCGAGGGAACGCCUUGACUACUCCCACAGCCAUGCUCCUCCUCCUCUCCCUUCUCCUUCUUCACCUACUAUUGACACUCCUCCAAGUUCGCCAGAAGGAGGGUGGGGACUGGGCGCCGCUAGACACACACACACACACACACACACACAUACAUACACACACACACACACACACACACACACACACACACACACACACACACACACACACACACACACACACACACACACACCUCAAGAAACACCCUUGGAAACUCUCCCUUUAUCUCCUGUUGUACAUAGCAAUGAGAAAUGGCUGUAGAAGUGCCACCACUUCCUCGGCCCUACUACUACUACUGCUACUACUACUCGACACACACCUUCAGCAGAAAAUGAAAAUGGCGAUGGGUAACUGUAACAGAAGCACACUAGUGGAAGGCACAGGUGACGCGCGGGCACGUGAGUUGCCUGCUGACCCUCUGAGGCAUUCCUGGGAUCUGCUUGGUGCUAUAUUACACCAAAAGGGCGACAUUAUAGCUUUCUCUCUCUCUCUCUCUCUCUCUCUCUCUCUCUCUCUCUCUCUCUCUCUCUCUCUCUCUCUCUCUCUCUCUCUCUCUCUCUCUCUCUCUCUCUCUCUCUCCCCGCAUCCCCUACUCUAGUCGCCGUUUCAGUUGCCUUUCUGCCUCAGACUCGCCAAGGUCUGAUCGCAUGCACAAACUCUCGCCUCUUCCCGACCAAGGUGAAAGUAAGCUGUGUGUGUGUGUGUGUGUGUGUGUGUGUGUGUGUGUGUUGAAGGUAAUUGACUUUAGCUUGUUAGAGAAAUUUCAUUAGUUGAUUUCCUUAUCUAUAUCCGUUUAUCGACAGCACUGUGUGUUCGUCUAUCUGUGUGUUUUGUCUUUUCGUAAUCUAUAAUAUUUUUGUCGUACUUUUCACCACGUUCGGUGACCAUGACAAUCACAAACACAUUCCUAAUAUUCAUGUGCGUGUGUGUGUGAGCUGACGUAUGUUUCUGGCUACAAUUUACUGAUAUUUAUAUUUGUUGCCACAAUCUCAAAAACGACAUCACUAUUAUCCUUUCUUCUUUUUCAUUGUUAUCGCUUUUUUUUCCUAAGCCACCGCCACCAAACAUUGUAGUACCUUCCGAUGGGGGGCGCGACUCCCACGCCCGACAGUCGACAAGAAGUCCAGGGGCGGGACACGGGCUGGGAGGGGCUGUAAAGCAUGUUUGCUCUGGGGAUGGUGGAGAUUUUUUUUUUUCAUCUACUACCGUUAUUCCAAAGAAUUUUCCCGAGAGAAAGGGGAGGAGAGGUAGGUGAGAGAUAAUUUGAGAUACAGUGGCAAAGAUCAUCCUUGCCUUACGAUUAUUUUAUGAAGCAUUUACAAAGUACUGGGUGCAGGAGAAAAAGAAGGACGACCGGGAGGAAAAGAAAGGUGUGUGUGUGUGUGUGUGUGUGUGUGUUUUGGGGAGGGGGUUAUGAACAAAGCACUAGUCUUUAUCAUUGACUCUGCAAACUUGAUUCCAGACGAAAAAGCUCCGCUCUUCCGAACCUUCCUCGCACAAAGAGAGACAUGAAUGUAAACUCCUACUCCCGCUCCUACUUCAUGCAUUAGUAAUUACCUUCGACUUAGCGCGACUCCUUUUUAUUAUAUUACCGAGGUGGAGGGAAGGCGAUGCUAUUAUUAUUUACUUUCCUAUUAAUUCACUCUCGUAUGUUUCCUUCACGCGUCUUUAGGCCAGUGAUGCAGGUAAAACGUUAGGGAUGGGAAUUUCAAAGUUUAUGUAAUCGUCAGGUGUUGCUUUUUUUAUUUACAAAGUAAGCAACAGUAAAUUGUUUUCCUGGAAACUGCAGGAGUGCUUAGAAUGGUGAAGGAGUGCUUAAAAUGGUGAUGUGUGUGUGUGUGUGUGUGUGUGUGUGUGUGUGUGUGUGUGUGUGUUGAUAGGUAGUUGGGUGUGGGGUGCAUGGGGGUGUUUUCUCUAUACGUUUUGUUUUAUCUUUUUGAACGUUCAUGCAAUAAAAAAAACAUUUUCUAGUGUUUAUUUUUGUCUUUCUGUUUAUACAGCUGCUCCUCCACAGGAUUGUGUGUGUGUGUGUGUGUGUGUGUGUGUGUGUGUGUGUGUGUGUGUGUGUGUGUGUGUGUGUGUGUGUGUGUGUGUGUGUGUGUACUGGACAGUUUCAUUUCUUCUUUUGCCGUAAUAUUCUGAUAUUUUAUUCUCUAAUUUUCUUGGAAUAUCUUUUAUAUUCAAACAUGUUCCUAAUAUAUCUAUUAUUUUGUUAUGUAUCUCUUUAUUUCUCUCUCUCUCUCUCUCUCUCUCUCUCUCUCUCUCUCUCUCUCUCUCUCUCUCUCUCUCUCUCUCUCUCUCUCUCUCUCUCGCUGUGUGUGUGUGGAUGCGUUUUCGUUUUCUGCACCACUUGUUGUUCCAUGUUAUUGUUUGCCGAGGGAUUAAAUCUGUGAGUGUGUGGAGCUACAAGUGUUUACGUUUAUAUUUAUAGAAUGCCUGGCGUCUGCAAUCAAGGAGUUUGUCCUGUGUGGUGAGGCGUUUCAGGAGUGCUUUUUGAGAAGGGAGUUUUGUUAUCUUCUUUUGGAACGUUCCUGUGAGAGCGAGUGGAAGAUGAUCCGUGAGGAAGCAGGUGAAGGACCGGAGCAUUGAGAGAGCGAGGGAGAGAGGGUAAGAGAGUGCUUGCGAUGUGUGAGGGAGAGAAAAAUCUCGAGGGAGUCUUUAUAAUUUUUUCACAGAAUAUUUUUGGGAUGUAAAACGAGAUAGUGUGUGUGUGUGUGUGUCUAGGUAUGAUAUACAUACAUGAGUUAAGAUAAGCUCAUGUUGUCCUGUCUCCUUACUUUUUUUUCUUGUGUGUGUGUGUGUGUGUGUGUGUGUGUUUGUUGCUGUAGGCUGUGGGCUGUAUGUCUGUCAUCAGCUUCGGUCACGCAACACAGCCACACAGCCCCUCGUGUGUGUAUAUAUAUAUAUAUAUAUAUAUAUAUAUAUAUAUAUAUAUAUAUAUAUAUAUAUAUAUAUAUAUAUAUAUAUAUAUAUAUAUAUAUAUAUAUAUAUAAACAUUAUAAAUAUUGUAACAUAAUUGUGGUGGAGUAGACAGUGUUACUCUGUCGUAGCUAUGUGUGCGACCGUUGUACGUACGUGGGCCUGCUGUCGGAAGCUGUGUUAUAUAGGGAACAUUAUGAACCUCCAAACCUCCCUCGAACAGCGACCAACUCCCUACUCUUUUAUCUUCUGCUCUUUCUCGUCCUUUUCCUGUCCUUAUCACCUAUCCUCUCUUUACUCUCUUCUCUUCCUCUCUUUUCCUUCAUUUUCGUCUCCCCUCCUCUUCUCUUAUCUCCUCUCCACUCCUCUCCUCUCCUCCACUCUUCUCUUCUUUUUUUUCCCCCAUUCUUCGCCAUUAUUUCUUUUCCACUACCUUUUUUCUCACGUCUCUUCCUGGCCUCCUUUUCUUCCCUAUUUCUACCUAAUCACUUAUCCUCGCCUCUUUUUUUUCUUUUUUCAUUACUUUUCCCAUUCCUACGCUCCUUAUUCUCAUGUUUUAUUUUCUUGCCUUUUCUCUCUCUCCUUUCACUUUCCUUUACAUUUCUCCAUACCACUUCCUUCCCACUUCUGUCCACCCCUUCGGCUCUCUCACCGCACUUCUCUCGUUUUCGUUCCUUUCUUAACAACCCACCGUUUUCCUCACCCAGACUUGCAUCAAACUAUGCACUCCGUCUCCAAAAGCGUGAAUACACAGGCUCCAGGUCCCUUCUUCCACAGGCGAAACUCAAGGGUCGAGAGGAAAUACCAGUCAACAAGGCUACCUAUCUCCCUCCUUUACAGUAGGUAUUUUAUUUGUCUGCGACUUUGGCACGUCAGAAAGUCGCAUGCUUCCUCCUUCGCUGGACCUCUCCUCGCCACACAUGCACAACGCGACGCGAGGGAACGAGUAUCGGAAACUUUUCCCUUAACUGCACGCUACAGAGUUGGGAAGUGCGUGCUAAUAGUCGCUCUUCGAUGGUGUCAUUAAUCCGGUUUCGUUCACUCAAAUUAUUCCUUCCCCUCCUGUCCUCUAAGGCUCCCGAGUGCUGUCAUCCUGCCCUCCCUUCCCUCGCUCAGCCCUGGACUGGUACCUCCUCGCGUCCUCACAAUGUCGAUAUCGAACAAGUGAUUCUCUGUACACACUAGAUAUUUAGGCAAAUUACAUUGCGUGUCGUUUUGUCAACCGAAUCCGUAUAACAUUAUUACUUUCCGGUGUAUACGUCAUCACGUUCUUUCCUCUUGGAUAUUAAUCGAGGUGUUCGUAUUCACAGUGGGACACGCGACCUCCCGCUUGUCACUCGUUAUCAUCUACCACCUGUUGCCUUCAAGUUGUCUUUCUACCAGGUUUGUCACGUUGCUGUUGACUUUUGUCUGUCACUUUAUGGUGUUACAACUUUAUAAAGGAUCUCCUUUUAUCACAACGACGCACUCUCUCCUCGCGUGAGUGAAGGCAACCUCAAGUCUUACAUUAUAGGAGUGAUUAUUAGUCUCAUAUAUAGUCCGGCCGGAGCGAUUCAUUUAGCUACCUGGCUGUAAUGAGGCCGUUCAUUCGCCCUGUUUAUGACGGGUGAUCUAACCUGAGGAUAUAUUGGUGGGGGAAGGGAAGGAAUUAAAGGUCAGGUAGUGGAAGCAUGCAUCAACUGUUGGUUAUCUUUUAUGGUCGAGCACCUUUGGACUGCUCCAUGUCCACCAUCUCGCUUCAGGAAGGAUGGGUAGGCACAUGUCAGUUCAAUCCUUCCCAGACGAGAUCCUUCGCUCAUGCGCUCGGCCGACCCCAUUGCCAGACAGACUUGAGGAUGACCUAACCUGUGGUGCGUCAUCUUUUUAAUAUACGUGUUGUCUUUUCAUAAUGUAAACAUCUUCAUUUCAGUGACCAUUAUAUUUCUGUUGUUUGCCUUCAUAUGUCCUAGUCUAGGGUAUCACUUAUAGCUCUGAUCUGCGAGGAGAGAAUGAGGAGCAAGGGCGGCGGGCGGUGCUGGAAAGUCCGCCGCCGCCAUUCCCUGUGCUCGUCGCCUCCCUCUCGGGCGAUGAAAAGAACAGCCUAUGUGCAGCUUUAGGUUAGACCAUUUGUAUAUUGUUGCUGGGUGAGAGAGGCUGCCCAAGUGUGCCGGUAGAUGGAGGUGGGGGGAACGCCGCCAGUCUGCCCAAAGUGAUGCCGAGCAGCGUGCAUUCAGGGCCACCGAGACACUGUUCCUCCUCCGUCAGUGUUCCUUUCAACGCCCCAUAUGUCGGAAGCCCUCACUAAAACAGGGUUCGGCUAGCAUGAGGCCUUAAAUUGUCAUUUUCCUCUUACUAUGUGUAUUCCCAGUGAGCGUUCCAUCACACAGGUACUGGGGUGCUCUCCCGUUAAUCAUGUGUGGUAAUCCUUGGCCAGCCUCCCCUGGUGUGAGUCAGUCAGUUAUAGGAGUUCUGGAUGCGAGACUGGCAGCGUGUAGUUUUCGUCGUCACCUGGGCGGCCUCGGCACCACCUCUGUAUUGAUCGUGAUGUGAUACUUGCCUCAGAUGCUGUUAUAUAUACAUAUAAGACUCUCCCUUCUGAUUAUUGUUCAGUGUUGGUUAGCUGGAUUGUACAUGUUGGUGUGCGUCUCACUGUUGGGCCAUUGAUCCAACACACCCAUGUUUCAAUAAAAGGAAAAGUUUGA